AUGAACGCUCCAGCACUCGGUCGGUUUGUGGCCGUGACAUGCGGGCUGGAAGUGGAGGCAGCCCGUCGGGCCGAGGACAGACCAAGAAUCGACAUCGACGAGGUCUCAGACACGGAAUACAGCUCACCCGAGGAAGAAACGACGACACCAGACGCCGCAUACGAAGCCAACGAGCCCCAAGCCCCAACAGUUCCCCGUUCUCAACGAUCAACCUUUCGGACAUCGAGACAUCUAGGCCCCCUAGCAGAGAGCGAUCAGACUCCGAGGCAACUGCAGUACCACCACCACCCUCGACGAGCUGUGGCAAAGUCAAAACGGCCGAGCGCCAGCACCAAUCACCGACCCAUCUCCCGGCAAGCUACCCACCCACGAACUCGCAAAGCACCGGUCCUUCAGCUAACAGGGCUAGCACCGCCACGCCACACCUCUUCUGCACCACACCGGCCCCCGACACCACCCAAAAUGGCGGAAGCAAACGACCAGAACCUACACUGGGCACGUGAACGCCUGCGUGAUCUGGACCGAUUCGAUGGGAAAGAAGAACUCACGCGAAACAAGUAG